GCCGAGCCGCCGACCCCGGGCGGGCGCCGGGCGCUGGAGCCGGGGUUCCGGCCGCGAUCGGCUGCAGCUCGGCGGGGACACGGCGCGACCCGGCGGCGGGGCCACCCGCGAGUCCAGCGCCACCGCAGCCCCCCAAUGCGGCCGCGAGAAGCGGCGUGGCGGGGGGGGCAGGCGAUCGAAGCCUCUAGAAGCAUCGCCUCCUAGAAGACUGGCAUUUUUGUGAUUAUGGAGGCCCUUUUGUCCUUCCUGUGACAGAGCAAUGCUGACCUUGGUUUCCUGGACCCAUUCUGACUCAGGAGCCUUCACGUAAAUGGGUCCAGUCAUGCCUCCCAGUAAGAAGCCAGAAAGCUCAGGAAUUAGUGUCUCCAGUGGACUGAGUCAGUGUUACCGGGGCAGUGGUUUCUCCAAGGCCCUUCAGGAAGACGAUGACCUCGACUUUUCUCUGCCUGACAUCAGAUUAGAAGAGGGGGCCAUGGAAGAUGAAGAGCUGACCAACCUGAACUGGCUGCACGAGAGUAAGAACUUGCUGAAGAGCUUCGGGGAGUCGGUCCUCAGGAGUGUCAGUCCUGUCCAGGACCUGGAUGAUGACACUCCCCCAUCCCCUGCUCACUCUGACAUGCCCUAUGAUGCCAGGCAGAAUCCCAACUGCAAACCCCCCUAUUCCUUUAGCUGCCUCAUAUUUAUGGCCAUCGAGGACUCUCCAACCAAGCGCCUGCCAGUAAAGGAUAUCUACAACUGGAUCUUGGAACAUUUUCCAUAUUUUGCAAAUGCACCUACUGGGUGGAAAAACUCAGUGAGACAUAAUUUGUCAUUGAAUAAGUGUUUUAAGAAAGUGGACAAAGAGAGGAGUCAGAGUAUUGGGAAAGGGUCGCUGUGGUGCAUAGACCCAGAGUAUAGACAAAAUCUAAUUCAGGCUUUGAAAAAGACACCUUAUCACCCGUACUCACACGUGUUCAAUACACCUCCCAACUCUCCUCAGGCAUAUCAAAGCACAUCAGGUCCACCCAUCUGGCCGGGCAGUACCUUCUUCAAGAGAAACGGAGCCCUUCUCCAAGAUCCUGACAUUGAUGCUGCCAGUGCCAUGAUGCUUUUGAAUACUCCCCCUGAGAUACAAGCAGGUUUCCCUCCAGGAGUGAUCCAGAAUGGAGCGCGGGUGCUGAGCCGAGGCCUGUUUCCUGGUGUCCGGCCAUUGCCCAUCACUCCCAUUGGAAUGACAGCAGCCAUGAGGAACGGCCUCACCAGCUGCCGGAUGCGGACUGAGAGCGAGCCAUCGUGCGGCUCCCCGGUGGUCAGCGGAGACCCCAAGGAGGAUCACAACUACAGCAGUGCCAAGUCCUCCAAUGCCCGGAGCACCUCGCCUGCCAGCGACUCCGUCUCCUCCUCCUCUUCCUCGGCCGACGAUCACUAUGAGUUUGCCACGAAGGGGAGCCAAGAGGGCAGCGAAGGCAGCGAGGGGAGCUUCCAAAGCCACGAGAGCCGCAGUGACACGGAAGAGGACGACAGGAAACACAGCCAGAAGGAGGCCAAGGAUGCUCUGGGGGACAGCGGGUACGCAUCCCAGCACAAGAAGCGCCAGCACUUCGCCAAGGCCAGGAAGGUCCCCAGCGACACGCUGCCCCUCAAAAAGAGACGCACAGAAAAGCCCCCCGAGAGCGAUGACGAGGAGAUGAAAGAAGCGGCCGGGUCGCUCCUGCACUUGGCAGGGAUUCGGUCCUGUUUGAAUAACAUCACCAAUCGGACGGCAAAGGGGCAGAAAGAGCAAAAGGAAACCACAAAAAAUUAAAAACAAGUCACUGAUUUGUUUUGAACUUAAUGGCCAUUUGGUUUCAGCAUGUCAGGAGAUUUCUAAUGAUUUGUGGCAAUAUCAGCAGUUGUUUGUUUGGUUUUCUUUCUUUUCUUCUCCUUUUUUUUUUUUUUUUUUUUUUUUUUUUAAUUUGCCCCCUCUUCUUUGUUUUGGUCCCUUAAGAAUUUUAUUUUUAAAGGAGAUUGAAGCCAUAGAACUCAUAUUGACACUCAGCUGUUUUACAAAAGCUUUUCAUUAUCUGAAGACAAAACCGAAAAAGCCAAAAUUACCACUGCUUCCUCCAGCUUGACAGAAACACAUGGCUGAAUCUGCAGGGAUGUCAACGUUAAUGCCACAGGAAUACACGUUCGGCACCUAGAAGGCACGUGUGCAAAGUAAUCACCGUUCAGGCCCAACCCUUAGGUUUAAAAAGUCAGGAUGGCCAUCCAAUUGGGUUCACGCAGUGAAGGCACAUAAAGUGAUCGGGGAGCAGGAGGAACCCUUCGUCCCCCUAGGAGCAGACCCAAGAUUGUGGCACCAGGCAUCCGAUUGUGCCAGGAAAGCACUUGACACUGUCCGCCAGCAGGCACAGGCGCUGGCCACCAGUCUUCUGUGCUUCUUAACCCCGAAGCCUGGUAACGUCUUGUGAGGUGGACACUGGACUGACCGAUCAUAUGCAUCACGGGUCAGUGACUAAUGCAAAGAAACGGGGUAAAUUUUUAGUGAUAUUGCUGAUCAUUGAAUUCUGUUCUCUAUUAAAUUAAGAAAAUGUUCCUAAAGCCAUAAGCCUGAAGGUUGGCCCCGCGUGUGCACACGCGUGCACACACACAUACCAGACACAGCGCACACCAGACACAACACACACACACAACGAGAGUAAGAAAACUGAUGCAGAAAACAAGCUAUGUCUUCUUAACUGCCCAAGUGAAAAGCAAUCGAGUCCAAGGAAUUACAAUAGCUGUUAAGGAAGGAAAUAAUGGUACAGAUCUUUUUCUAUCAAAACCAUUUGAUCCAAGUGAAAAAAACAAAAAGCUACGGAACCUGCCAUUAGUAUUGGGGUGUAUUUUUAAAAGAUUAAAGGCACAUUGAUGGACAAAAAGAAAACAUGGCAAAAAAUAAAAUAACUCCUCUACUGCCCUCCAAAUGGAGUUUGCCAUUAAUUUCAGUCAGGAUUCAUCUUUGCAAAAAUUACUGAUUUCCAUAUUCAGCCAGUGUAGCCAGCAGAAAUUUCUGAUCCACAAUGCAUGGAUUCCUUUGAAGAAAAAAAAAAAAAAAUCACAAAAACAAACUUUUUUUAAUUCAAAAAUAACAAAGUUCUUGUAAGGUAAAUAAUGUAUUUAGCAUGAAGCAUGAAUUAUUUUCAUAUAAAUAUAGAAAAUAGAGAAAAAGCUAUGCCUCUAAUUUUUAAGCCCUUAGGCUCAGAGGUUCUUUUGGUUUUCUUUUUUCUUUCUUUUUUUUAAUCCUUUUCUUUCUGUGGUUUUUUUUGUUUUUUGUGUUUUGUUUUUUUUGGGUUAUUCUGUUUUGGUUUUUUGAAGCAGGUGUUUAAGGUUUAACCUUCUUCAGGGACAAAUUCUGACUGUUGGGGAACUUACUCUGCAAUAUAAAAAUAUCUUCAUGCUCUGGUAGGGCUUGGAUGGUUGAACUCUGUACUGCCUUGUCUGCACUCAGCCCCUGACCCCCUCUGAUUCUCUGUUGAAAAGUGUGUCCUUUCUCUCUGUCUGUACAUGUUUAACAUGACGCAAUAAUUUGAGGGCAAACUUAGUAGUGAGUGUGUAUGAUAGAAUCAAGAGAAUUAUGGGACGCUUACUUGAGAAAAUCAUUACCAUGAUUUGGUUCUAGGAAAAAGGCAGUGAAUAAUUAUGCAAAUUCACCAGAAGAAGGGGAAACAUACAAAUGGGCCUUAUUGGGUGAGGGUACGAGAUAGGGGAUAUGUGAAGGAGGAAGUGAUACAGGGGUUGGAAAGGCCAGCCCCAGACGUUUCAUUGCGACACCACCAUUUCGCAGUAGAAAGGAGGGGCUGGCCGUCUCUACCACCUCAGUACACUAACCAACCUGGAAUUAAGACCACCUAGAUUGUGAGAGCUGAAUUUAGACAACCAGAUGAUGUCAUGCAGACCAGAAACUCCUGUUAUCUUUGCCUAAAAAAAAAAAAAAAAAAAAAAAUUUUUUUGAGAUCCAAAGAGAUAUCUCUCAAAGAAUAUGAUCUCUCAUCCAAAUGGAGGGAAAUUUUAAAACAAGCAAAAGCACCCACUAUUGUGGUUCAGGAUAUGAUGCUGGGGGAGAGGGAGGAAAUUGAGGGGAUUUUGAAUUUUUAAAAUGGGACUGACUCCUGUGGGUUGCUGAUGAGAGAACAAAAUGUACACCUGUAAGGGAGGUUGAAUUCAUUACCUGAACCUGAAUAUGUCCAGCAUAUUUGUUCAGGGUGUAGAUGGGAGUAAAGAGGUAUUUUUGCAGUGCUCUGUUCCCUCCAUCUCCCCAAGCAUCUGACACCCUAAAAGUCAUCCAUGGCUAUGGAACCUGAGCGACACUGAUUUGUGUUGUCACUUGACAACACCUAACCCUCUAGCACCUCAAUCCUCCACAUUUACCCCAUCCCCAAGAUGAUAAAAUUCAAACUUCUCUCCUGAAAAGCAGAGGUAAACAUUCAGGACUGUUUCUGGCAGGGGACCUCUUCCAAUUAAAACCCCCACAGUGGGCUGUCUCCCCUCAUUUCAUAUCUCUAAAAGGGCAAAGGCCUCUUUUAGAAAAUAAUAAAUGCAAUGUGUGUGAUUUACUUUUCUGAUCUCUUUGAGAAAAUAGAUAAAUAUCUUACAAAAGUGUGUUCUUAACUCCAGAACCACUCUUUUUGCAUAAAUACCUCAUCGGGCAGCUUUCUAAGUGUUAUUUUCCUGAGUUUCCCUUGGCACCUUCGUGGAAUCUGCUGGAAGACUUCUUGGGGAAACUUUAGUGAGGGUACUUUUUUCUAUUUUUCUUCUGUUUUUGGAGGCAUACACAUUAUGCAUAACCAAAACAAUGGCUCAAUUGUGUUUAACUUUGUAUUUUGAUUGUUGAAGGAAAAAAAAAAAACAAGUAUCAAUGUGUAUGUGGCUGUUUGUAGUGAAUUCAUUGUGGAAUGAGGUUGCCCAUGUCCUUAACAAGCCAAGGGACAGGAGGCACCCUCUCUUAUCCCCUCCUCCAAGAGCAGUAGAGAAUUUAAGCACAAGCUUAUUUGUGAAAGAAUAUUUUGCUUAAGUGUAAUUCACAUUAGUCUUGGAAUUCCUUCCCAAACGUCAGGUGUUCUUUUAGCUUCCAAACUAGCUUACGUAUCCAUUAGUCUGACAGAGCACCCGGCACCGUUAAGGGGUGUCGUGUUUUUGCGUUCACUUCUCCUGCUGGGAGAAGUGGAGGUCCAUGUGUCAUUCCAGUAUCUCACAUACUCAUGGGGUGGGGGGGAGGGGGAAACAGGGGACUAUAGCAAUAUUUAAAGAUGCUUUGGAAAACAACCGUGAACACAUCAGCACCAUGACAUCUACAAUUACUUGCUACUGGCCCUCAGACACAUUUAAGAGAGAGAUGUAGCUCUUUUUUCCUUAACGAUACACACAGACAGUUAUUUGUAUCCUACUAGAAUUGUCUUUUAUAUUUAUCUAGUACUAUGUGGAAAGGAUUUGCAUCAUAGAUUUUUUUCCAGCCUUAUACCAGAAGCUCCUACUUUCCUUCCCCCCUCUCUAAUUAGUAUACUUUCAAGAGUUCUAUGGUAAAGCCGUUUAUCUGAAACUAAAAUGAACCAAACCCACCUUCAGAUGGUUGGUGGUUGGAGAAAGUUAUGGCCAAGGCAACUGUGUGGCAGGUGUCAGUCUUGGAGCUGAGUUUUUAAGAAAGAAUGUUCCAGAGGCCUUUCCCAAGAACAGAUUUCGGGGGGAUUUUUCUUGCGGAGGCGUUCAAGAGGUCUAGUACUUCAUGGCCACAGUAGUUACUACCACAGGGCACUCUGGUGGAGCCAUUGCAUUGAAUGGUGCUCUCGCCUGAGGGACAGCUUCGGGCCACGGGCUCUGCAGAGUGAAAAUCAUGUGGGUGGCUUUUCUGCCUGGCUCAGAGUGCUGCAACGUACCAGGGCUGCUGGACACCAAGUUUUAAUUAUGCCAUUCUUGGGGGGGAAGGGGGCUUUUUGCCUCUCAGCGGAGGACUCUGAGAAGGAAUCAGAGUUACGUACAAGUGAUCUAAAUGGGAGGGUUUUCCAUAUGACAUUGGAUCAAAUUCAAUGUGAUUUGUCUUUCCCUUUAUACUUUAUUCAGAUUGGGACUCAUUUCUUUCUGGUGGAUCACAGCUGCCCCGAUAUUGCAAUUUAUUUUUACGUUUUUGUAGAGAAGUACUUUUCUUUCACCUUCAGGAUUUUUUGCCACCAAAAGAAAACAUUGGAACUCUGUGUCCCCUCUUGAUUGUGGCUUACCAGUGUUGAUAGUUAAGUCCUUAGUGUGAUAGGUCCCAGCCCACCAAUACUAUAUCAAACACUGUUAUGCACAUAAUGCAGCACUGUGAUCUAAUUUAAAUAAUACUUUUUUAUUAUUUAUACUACUAUAUAUAAUAUACAUCAACACUUUUGCUAUGUAACCUAAGUGAUAACCCUCUUUUAGUUACCUGCCAAACUCUGGACUUUGGUUUCUAUUGCAGUUAACCCAGUUACAAAGUUGUAAUGGUGUCUUUUUUCCCUUUGUAACGGAAUGUGUAAAUCAAAGUAUAUACAUUGUGUGGUGUUCCUGUUUCUGGAGUUUCAUGAGGAUUUACACAUGGCAUUCAGUGUUGUGCAUAGAUCUGCCUACCUUCGUGGAUUCACCUGUUAACCCCUCUUCCUUUGGGAGAGCUCCAGCGAUGGUGGUGACCUCCUGUGUUUUCUCUCUCCUACUGGUUAUUCUUGAAUUAAGCACAGACUCAUCAGCUCGGUUGCUUUAUCAUGAAUAAUGUGUGUGACCUUGCGAUUCUUCCACAGUUCAGCAAACAAGUGCUAGCUUCACUGACCAAAAAUUAAGGAAGGAAAACACAAUUUUUAAAACGAUCCAUCUUUUCAUGGCUGAAACCGAUGUGUCUAUGGUGCUGCAUCUUGCUGUUGUGCUUCUGAACUCAGACCUAUGUGAAAGACCAUUUCUGACCUACUGUGAGAUGCUCACAAGUACCUUUCCUGUUGUUUUGUUAGCGUUGAAAUCAAGACUAUUUAUUUGGAAUAGAUACAACAGUGUUUUUCCACUGUAUUUCAUUUGCAAAAGUUGAGAACAGACUUCUCUGCCUUUUGCAAAGAAUUGAUAUUCCAUAUUGGAUUCUCAAAGACUUCGAUAUGGUGAACCUAUCAAACCUAGAAAUUGUAUUUCAUCCUUUCAUGACUGUGGCCUGAGUUCCCCAACCCCUCCCCCCUUUUUUAGAUGAACCUUAGCACACUUUCAGUUAUUUAACAUUGAACAUUUCUUGAGUUUGUAUGUGGAGGCCAUCUAAGCUCAUGGCUGAUUCAGUAACCAGUUUCAUGCUGUGUCAUUCACACUCACUACUUAUACUGCCAUGGUGAAAUGUGGAGGGAAAAAGUAUCUGUGUCUGUCUGGGAAGCAUUUACGCUUGUACAUUUUUUUUUUUAUAUACUCUCAUUCUGUAACAUUUCUGAGUUUUCAUUUUGUUUUACAGAAAAAAAAAAGUGAUAAAGCAAUCAGAAGACCAAGAGGUUUACUGUUGAUGCUUAGGGACAUCUGACCUUUGCUGGCCAAUAGGCCUCCAUGGCCAAAUUGAUUUACAAGAGUAAUAAUUUUUCAGAAGCCAAUUUUUUUUCUGUAUUUUCUGUAUGAAACUGCCAAUAUCAUGAAUAGAAAGGGAGAACCAUAAAGGAGAAAGAAAGUGAUGUUCAGUUGUGUUUGUGUUAGCCUAACGAAGCGGUGUGGAGGCAGGCGCAAUUGGCCGGAUUAUAGGGACUUGACGGUGUUGCUUUGGAGGCAUCCAUACCUGCAUUUUGCAUUCUUCAUAUGUAAUCAUAUUGCCAAAGACAAACUGUUUCAUCAUUUAUUGUAAAUAACACUUUUCCCCAGACCUACCAUAAAGUUUCUGUGAUGUAUUGUCUUCCAGUUGCAAUAAAAAUUACUGAGUUGCAUCAAUUGAAGAAAAACA